AUGGGUCAUGCAAAUAUCUGGUAUUCUCACCCCCGUAGAUACGGCCAAGGAUCUCGUUCAUGUCGAGCCUGCUCUAACAGACAUGGACUUAUUCGGAAAUACGGCUUGAACAUAUGCAGACAGUGCUUUAGGGAAUAUGCUCAUGACAUCGGUUUCAAAAAGGUAAAAGUUCUUGUGAACUGCUUUACUUUUUGUUAUUGUUUUAAUUUUAAUAGUUACUAA